GGAUGGUCCCGCCCGACUCAGCUUGCCGGUAGACGUAACGCUGGAUACCAAUUAGAAAGGCUGCCGUAUGGGGAAGGUCGCCCUCUUCUCCCCUCUUCAUCCUCGCUCCUUGUUCAGGCAUUUGACCCUCAGUUGAUGCGAGUUAUUUUGAACCCGGAAAUCCGUAUUCCCACACGACUUAACAGUCAGGGUGCCUUCAACGGUGGCAUUCAGAUUCUGAAUCGUCUCCCCCACUGAAUGAACUAGUCAAGGACGCUCAGUCGGUUUUAAUUGACAGACGUCCCAUGACGCCACAAUGCGUGGCUCCCUGAAUCCUCUCCGCCACCUAGCCACCUUGGCUGUCGAGUAUGACCAAGUUCCGAACGAAGUCCGAUGCUGCCUAGAGCUCCUUCGCACCUGUGAUCAAGACCUGCAGCGCCUCAUUGAACUCCGCAAUGAACAUCUCGUUCUUCUCGAGAAGCAACCCGAGGCCCUCGACCGGGUCAAUAAGAUCAUCGAGGCGGCCCAAACGGGCCUUGUCGAGGUCUGCGAGAUUGUGGAAAAGUGCCGACCGGAGGCGCAUCGGGGAAAGACGCCGUUUCGGAACCGAAUGAAAUGGAUCUUCGUUGAUUCGAUGCUGUUUCGAAAUCAGGAGCCAGUGAUAAGUCGCCAUCAUACUUCGGUGCUCGCAGAGUUGAUCUUUGUGCGGCAAAUUGUACUUUGGGCUCCCGUUGCCGAGCAGCAGAAGAAGAUAGAACAAAGCCAGAGUAUUGAGAAGAGCCCGCCAGUAUUUGAAAAUAUUGCGCUCUUAGGAGAGCUCAUGGGAGACGUAUCAGCGUCCAACCAUAGCCCCAUCUCCACUCCCGACAAUGCACCAGCAACUCUGACGCCGCCCCCCCUUGCUAGUUUGAACUUGAGCCAAACGACCCUGUCUUCUUGGCCUUCAUCAUCUAUGCGACAUGAUCUAAACGACUCUUCGUCCAAGCCAGCCCUUGAAGGCCUCAACCCAAGCUUGAAUCAGACACCGCCGGCAUUUCCAAUACUAGUAUACGACGAUGAGAAGGAGGUUGUGCAGGACAGGCAAGAAAAGACUGAUGGCGAGCGCAUAGUCUUGAACCCGAACGACAAUAGCGGACUAUCACUUUUGUUUGGAGAUGGUACUGAAGUGACACCCUGCUCUUCUCCUCAAAUUCAUGCCGCAUCAGUCGCUUCAGUGUCUCAAAUAUCGCUAGACUACACACUACCAGCUCAGCAAGUGACAUCACUAUCGACUCCAGUGUCAGGCCGACUUGCUGCAGAUUUAUCAAUUAUGAGACGGACUACAUCAAAUCAACUCUUGACAAAUUCCGACUCGAAGGAUGAGUUGACAGAACCAACCCCCGGUUGGCAUCAGCCAAAGUUGACUCACCAAUCGUCUUUACCAUCGGUAACAUCUAACAAGCAACCCCGACAACAUAGGGCAUCACUGUCAACAUAUCCAGCCAACAUCCAACCACAAAGUACUUUAUCUUCAGCGCAUCCAAAACAACAACAUUCUUCGAGGCCAUCUUCCACUGGAUCUUCCUGGGUUCCACCAGUCACAUCAUCAAGCCCUCAGCCACAAGCCCCGGGUUUGACCAAAUCAGUCUCGGACGUGACAAGCCUGCGGCAUCUAUUCGCACACUCCGUUCCGAUGACUCAAACACCAGUUACAAAAGCCAUCACCCAGAGUGGACAGAUGCAGAGUCUGAGUACUAUUCCACCUGAGUUGAUACACAUCCCCAAGAAGUGAGAUUUGCCACUUGAAUCCAAUUGACACAUUUCAGAGAGGGCUGGUGAGAAAUCUUCGAUGGAUGAGUACGUAAAUAAGAGUCAGGCCAUGAUUUUCGGAGGCAAGAUGGCAUGGAUUGAAGGGAUAAUACCAGGGGUGAUAAAGCGAGAAUUAACCUCUUUGUACACUAUUUGUGGUUGCCAUGAUUAAUGCAGCUCCGCGAUCCUGCCGUAGCAAUUGAUGAAAUGACUGAC